AUUGCAUUUCUUAAUAUUUUUUUUUUAUUUCAUUUUCAAAGAAAAAGUAAAAAAAAUCAGAAAGUUUAAUGGAGGUAGGUUUAAUACCUUUUUGUCAUAGUUUUUUUUUAAAGAUUAGUUGUUAGCUUUUUCUACCAAACAGGCCCUACAUCUGUCUUUUGCUUUAAUAAAGUGUAGAGAAGGAUAAACAUGAUUUUUGACCUAAAACUAUAACACACAUACCAUUGAUACCACACGUUUCAUAUCCUCUUCCAAUUUCACAAUUAAAAAUUCAAUCAAUGGACUGGAUCCACUCCUUCUUCAACAUUGCAUUUCCUCCCAUAAUUAUAUUUCUACACUUUUUAAUCCUACCAAUAUACAUUCCAUUCAAGUUUCUACAAUUUAUAAAAACAUCCAUAACCACUCAACAAAACCUGGCUAGAAAAGUAGUUCUAAUUACUGGAGCAGCCCAAGGCAUUGGAGAGCAACUUGCUUAUGAGUAUAGUAGAAGAGGAGCUUUUUUGGCCUUAGUUGACAUUAAAGAAAAUUUUGAAGAUGUUAGAAGAAGAGCUCUUAAAUUAGGAUCUCCAGAUGUUAUAUCUAUUGUUGCAGAUGUUACUAAGGUAGAAGACUGUAAGAAGUUUAUAGAUGAAGCAGUUCAUCACUUUGGCCAAUUGGAUCAUCUGGUGAACAAUGCUGGGACAGUAAUACUGAGCAAGUUUGAGGAUAUUGACCACAUUUCUGAUCACAAAUCGAUUAUGGAUGUUAAUUUCUGGGGUACAGUUAAUAGCAUUCACUUUGGAAUUCCACACUUGAAAAGAACCAAAGGGAAGAUAGUAGUGAUCUCCUCAAUCAGUGGAUGGUGCCCUGUUCCACUAGUAUCCAUCUAUAGUGCAAGCAAGGCAGCUUUGAUAAACUUUUGUGAGACUCUUAGAAAUGAAGUUGGUUCAACUAUUGGCAUAACAAUUGUCACACCUGGGCUAAUUGGGACUAAAAUGACACGUGAACAGGACAUAAAAUUGAGAUUACUUAUCCGAGAAGAGUCAGCUGAGAGAUGUGCCAAGGCCAUUGUAAGAAGUGUGUGCAGAGGAGAGUCCUUUUUGAUGGAGCCAAGGUGGCUCUGGUGGCUGUUUCCGGCAAGGAUGAUAUUUCCUGACCUUAUUGACUGCUGCAACUCUUACCUUCUUAAUUUAAUUGAUCAAAACUCAUCCACUAAGAAGAAUUGUUGAAAAUAUUUAAUAAGAUGAUAUUACUUUGUUAGCUAGUGGAAGUAUUUAAAUUGUUAUGUUAAUUGUAAUAUUUUAGUGUCCAAAGUUAAUUGUAACAAAUGUAAUAAUUUACACUACUACAAAAACUACUAUUCUUGUCGGUUGCUUUUUCUUAGAGACUAUUGCUAAUAAAAUUAAGUGUUUAAAAUUGUCAGCUAUAGUGGACUAUUCCCGACAGUCUUAAACACUUGCGUAUUCUUCCUAA